UCCAGUUGCUGGGAUUGCUGUUUUAUUUUGGACUGGUAAAGCCACCAGUUCAUUGUAAUGCACAACAAAGCAUGGCAAUAAUUCUCAUGUGGAGUAACUCAAUUAUAAUUGCACCAGAGCAUUUGGUGUACACUGCUGCAGGGCAAUAUCAAGCAUGAGCAGGAGUGACAUUGGUCUGGUAUAACCUUCCUCUGCUCUUUACUCCAAUCAGUUUAUCUGGAACAGAAACGUGCGUAGGGCAGAUAAGCGAUACAGGAGUGCGUUCACAUGCAUGUAUGUGCAGUGUAAAUGACCUGCCUAGGGGUGACAUUGUUGCCACUUGAGGUGCCAUUUUACGCACGGCACCAUAUUUAUGUGUGUGUUUAAACAAAUGCAUCUGUCCAAAACUGGUGGUGCGCAGGUGCAUUCAAAUUAGGGGGAGUUUCAGGCAAAAUUUCGGGGGCGAAGAAGGAUCGAGUGGUCUGGACCUCCAUUGAUUUAGGAGAGCAGUCCCCUAUUACUCCUGCAACCAUGAGUAAAAAGGACACUUACGACAUGUUCGAGAUGGAUGGGGAUAUGGAUAAGAAAAAGAAGAAAAAAAUGAAGAAAAAGGAGAAACUGGAGGGCAUGAAGAAGGAAAUGGACAUUGAUGAUCAUGAAAUUACAAUUGAAGAGUUGGAAAUGAGGUACACAACCAGUGUUACUAAGGGUUUGACCACCACCUUUGCCACUCAGGUUUUGGAGAGAGAUGGUCCUAAUGAACUGAAGCCCCCCAAAGGAACACCAGAGUAUGUCAAGUUUGCCCGUCAGCUGGCUGGAGGGCUGCAGUGCUUGAUGUGGGUCGCUGCUGUCAUCUGCUUCAUUGCUUUUGGAAUUGAACUUGGAAGAGGAAAUCUCACCUGUUUUGACGAUCUGUACCUUGCCAUCACCCUCAUUGCUGUUGUCGUGGUUACUGGUUGCUUUGGUUACUACCAAGAGUUCAAGAGUACUAACAUCAUUGCCAGCUUCAAAAAUCUAGUGCCACAGCAAGCCGUCGUAAUCCGUGAUGGACAGAAGAACCAGAUCAAUGCCAACCAGUUAGUGGUGGGAGAUUUAGUGGAGAUUAAAGGAGGAGAUCGAGUGCCUGCUGAUAUUCGCGUCAUCACUUCUCAGGGUUGCAAGGUGGAUAACUCAUCCUUGACAGGGGAGUCUGAACCGCAGACCAGGAGUCCAGAAUAUACUCAUGAAAGUCCACUGGAGACCAGAAAUAUUGCUUUCUUCUCUACCACCUGUUUGGAAGGUGUGGCCACUGGUAUCAUUAUCAACACCGGUGACCGUACCAUCAUUGGUCGAAUUGCCAGCUUGGCAAGUGGUGUCGGUAAUGAGAAAACACCCAUUGCUAUAGAAAUCGAACAUUUUGUGGACAUCAUCGCUGGUUUGGCCAUCUUUUUUGGGUUUACUUUCUUCGUUGUGGCCAUGUUCAUUGGAUACGCUUUCCUGGAAGCCAUGAUCUUCUUCAUGGCUAUUGUAGUGGCUUAUGUGCCAGAGGGACUGCUCGCCACUGUUACUGUCUGUCUGUCUCUGACGGCUAAACGAUUAGCCAGGAAGAACUGUGUUGUAAAGAACCUGGAAGCUGUGGAAACUCUCGGCUCCACCUCCGUGAUUUGUUCUGAUAAGACUGGCACACUGACCCAGAACAGGAUGACUGUAGCCCACCUCUGGUUUGACAACCAGAUCCACGCUGCUGACACCACUGAGGAUCAGUCAGGCCAGAGUUUUGAUCAGUCUUCAGAAACAUGGCGCUCCUUGGCCAGAGUGGCUUCUCUGUGUAACAGAGCUACAUUCAAACCUGAUCAAGAGGGAAUUCCAAUUCCAAAGAGGAUUGUGGUUGGUGACGCAUCAGAAACAGCUCUGCUGAAGUUCACUGAGCUCACUGUUGGGAACAUUAUGGACUAUCGAAACCGCUUCAAGAAAGUGGUGGAAGUGCCUUUUAACUCCACCAAUAAGUUUCAGCUGUCGGUCCAUGAACUGGAGGAUCCUCUGGACCUGCGCUACCUGUUGGUGAUGAAGGGAGCACCUGAGCGAAUCUUAGAGCGCUGUUCCACCAUUUUAAUUAAAGGCCAGGAGCUGCCACUUGAUGAACAGUGGAAAGAGGCUUUUCAGACCGCUUACAUGGACCUGGGAGGACUGGGAGAAAGAGUCCUAGGUUUCUGUCAUAUUUAUUUGAAUGAGAAAGAGUUUCCCCGAGGCUACCUUUUUGACCCAGAUGAGAUGAAUUUCACCACAUCAGGUCUGUGCUUUGCUGGUCUUAUCUCAAUGAUUGAUCCUCCAAGAGCCACCGUACCAGACGCUGUGAUGAAGUGUCGAACUGCUGGUAUCAGGGUUGUCAUGGUAACAGGAGACCAUCCAAUCACAGCACGAGCUAUUGCAGCCAACGUUGGCAUCAUCUCAGAGGGCAGCGAAACAGUGGAAGAUAUCGCACAAAGAAAACGCAUACCUGUGGAGCAAGUCAACAAAAAAGACGCCCGUGCUUGUGUGAUCAGUGGCGGUCAACUGAAAGAAAUGACCGCUGACGAGUUGGAUGACGCGCUUAGAAACCAUCCUGAAAUGGUGUUUGCAAGAACUUCUCCACAGCAGAAACUGAUCAUAGUGGAGAGUUGUCAACGUCUGGGCUCCAUCGUUGCUGUAACAGGUGAUGGUGUGAACGACUCCCCUGCUCUGAAGAAGGCUGACAUUGGUGUUGCCAUGGGAAUCGCUGGCUCAGAUGCUGCGAAGAAUGCGGCCGACAUGAUCCUGCUGGACGAUAACUUUGCUUCUAUUGUCACUGGAGUGGAGCAGGGUCGUCUUAUCUUUGAUAACCUGAAGAAGUCCAUUGCCUACACACUCACCAAGAACAUUCCUGAGCUCACUCCGUAUCUGAUCUACAUCACCGUCAGCGUGCCUCUUCCUCUGGGCUGUAUCACCAUCCUCUUCAUUGAGCUGGCCACAGACAUUUUCCCUUCUGUAUCUCUGGCUUAUGAGAAAGCAGAGAGUGACAUUAUGCACCUGAAACCCAGGAACCCUCGUCGUGAUCGGCUGGUAAAUGAAGCGCUGGCUGUGUACUCGUACUUCCAGAUUGGAGCCAUCCAGUCGUUCGCAGGUUUUACAGAUUAUUUCACAACCAUGGCCCAGGAGGGUUGGUUUCCACUCCUGUGUGUCGGCCUGCGCUCUCAGUGGGAGGACGUUCAUCUUCAGGACUUAAAGGACAGCUAUGGACAGGAAUGGACCUUCAGUCAGAGGUUGUACCAGGAGUACACAUGCUACACUGUGUUCUUUGUCAGUAUAGAGAUCUGUCAGAUCUCAGAUGUGCUGAUCAGGAAGACUCGGCGUCUGUCUGUGUUCCAGCAGGGCUUCUUCAGGAAUCGGGUCUUGGUGACAGCCAUCAUCUUCCAGCUCUGCCUGGGUAACCUGCUGUGUUACUGCCCUGGAAUGCCCAAUAUCUUCAAUUUCAUGCCCAUCAGGGUCCAGUGGUGGUUUGUUCCUGUUCCGUACGGUAUUUUAAUCUUCGUCUACGAUGAGAUCAGGAAGUUAGGAGUCAGAAGAUAUCCAGGAAGUUGGUGGGAUCAGGAGUUAUACUACUGAGACCACAGAAGUUCUUUCUUUCAUCAAUCAAUCAACGUGGAAGCACUCAGGUCCAGAGGGCUGCAAACCCAGAGGACCCCACUCUCUUUACCGCUUGUCUAUAUUUCUUUGUGAUCUAUGUAUUUAUAGCUCAACUUGUCUUUUAAUAUGAACAUAAUAAAUAUUCACAAGUGCCAAAAUCUUUUACACAAAACCAGAAGGCAACAAAACUAACUUGCAGAUUUAAUAUGUUACAGCUCUUUGGAUUAAGCUGCAUUGUAUUUGUACAAAUAAAGAAUUAUCAGACUUAUGAUAACCCCAAAUCUUAAAAAACACAGCUGUUCUUUUUUUAUUGCUUCCUCUUUAUGUUUUGGCAACGUCUCUUUAAAGUUUGACUUUUCAGUUCUUAAAAAUGUUUUAUCCAUAUUAUUGUAUUUUAAGUGCAGAAUUUGUUCUUUGCUUUGUGAAGCUUCACAUUGGCAAAGAUGUUUAAAAGGGUAGUGUGAUUC